AUGUUAUCUUCAACAACGUUGUCACCGGGAGCUGGACCCUCUUCUUUUUGCACCACUUACUGUAAUAAUCAUUUGUUGCCAAUUCGUCGUCAACUUCAUCCUUCACCUUCUAUUCACUUGAACCCUCUAAUUAGGGUUCUUCCCCAUUCAAUUUCUGGUAAUAACAACAAUAAAAUUAGACAUUUUUAUGCUUCAUCUGCUGCCGCCGCCGUUGAAACUUUCACGGACGAUUAUGACUCUGACUCCUCAACUCCACUUCAAUCAAAGAAGCUAGGGGUGGUGGUGAAGCCGAUGGAAAAACCGAGGCUUGUGUUGAAAUUUGUAUGGAUGGAGAAGAACAUCGGUCUUGCACUUGAUCAAGUGAUACCGGGGCAUGGUUCUAUUCCUUUAAGUCCUUACUAUUUUUGGCCUAGGAAAGAUGCUUGGGAAGAACUUAAGGUCAUGCUAGAGCGAAAGCCUUGGAUAUCUCAAAAGGAGGUGGUUAUUUUGCUCAAUCAGGCCACUGAUAUUAUCAACUUGUGGCAACAGAGUGGGGGUGAUCUACUUUAA